GUAAACGUCCUAAAGUGUAUCUCUCUGGAUCUCUUGUAAAACUUGUUAACAUUCCUACAUCCGUUUCUACACUUAAAAUAUUUUGGCUGCCUUAUUAUUUUCCAGCGUCCCUAAAGAUAAAUAUUUCGAUACAUUGAUUCACAUUCUCAUUUGCCGUCUUUCAAAAUUAACUUUGUAAAUUUUCGGAAAUUUUAGAUCAAAAUUUUUUUUAAAAAUGUUGGCAAAACGGGCUGUGCCGAGUGACCAGAACGUUCAUGUGCCCUGCAAUCUUGGAUUCUUCCACAAGAGAUGCGAACUGCUGCACAUGUUGCCGUUGGUGUCAAUAUUGCGGGAAAUUUUCGAUCUCUUUGUGUGGGAUAAUGAGAGUGAGUGCAUCGCUUUGACAGACGUCCUGGAUUGCCUGCGAUCCAUGGGCAUGGAUCCAAGCGAAAACUGGCUACACGCCAAGAUGUCAGAGUUUGUGUAUCGUGAGCGUAAUCCUUUGGCUGGUGGAAAAAUGCCCAAACGCGUUAAUUUCGAGCUAGUUUUGACAUUGUACUGCUGCCUGGCCAAUUCACCAGAAACGAAUGGAACUGCCAGCCGCGAGGAAAUGCUCCAAAGCCUGCGUCUGUAUGAUAGAGGACAAACAGGUAAAUUGGCGUAUGCGUUUCUCCGAAAAUUGCUAAUGACAAUGGGCAAUGAUCGCUUAACCGAAUCGGAGGUAUUCCAUUUGCUCAAUUCCUGCUCGGAUCCAGCCGGAAAUGUGUAUUAUGAGAAACUGGUAGAUCAAAUGUUUAUGCGAGAUAGGAAUGCUGAGGAGAAAUUACAUCAAUCAAAGAUCUAUCUGCAGGCAGUGGGUCGCAAUGCCAUAGACAUGGAUUUGUCGAAAAGGGAUGACUUCAUUGAUGCCUUGCGGCAGGCGGAUCCACAAAAGACGGGAUUUAUAGAGCCCCAACGAUUGCUCGUUCUUUUGAAUAGCGGCGAUAAUCAAUUCUCAUGCGACGAACUCGACCAGCUUACCAAAAGCAUGCACGACGUGGGCCUUAAAAAUCGUGGUAUCGACUAUAGGCGAUUUCUAAAGUUCAUUAUGAAUGAUUAGAGUUGGAGAAAUUGAGCACAUUUCACUUUCACUUUGCCAGACCAAUUGUUUCAUUUACACAGCAUUUUCUUCUUCCUCUUCUUUUUUUAAACAAACCAUUCUUUUUAAAUGUACCUAAUAAUCGUUAAAAUUUGCCAAUACAAAAUUUGAAUGACACAGCAGAAAAAUUUAA